AUGUCGGCCACCAGCAGCCCCGUGGAGCCGAGGCUCCCCCAGCGGUCUGGCACCGUGUCCAGCACCAUGACUGGCUUUACCCGCCGGACUUCCAUGAGUGAUGAGGAGGCCAUCCCCGGUUCCGACAGCAAUGAGACUACGAAUCUCCUCCUCGAGCGCCUCCGCGCUUGGAAGCAUAUGUGUGGAUACCUGGAGGACUACGUUUCCGUCACGGCGAAGGUGUCCAAGUCCCAGGCGAAGGACUUUGAGAAGGUCUUGAAGACUGUCAGCGAUCCUCUGAGAGAAGGUCAUCAUUUCUCCCAGAGCGCAGGGGGCGUUGCUGGUUGGUUUGAGAACAUCCGCGCCAACACUCAGGGAAUGGUCAACCUGUAUACCGACUCGGAGAAAAACCUCAAAGGCUCUGUGCUGCCACCCCUGGAGCGCCUGCACAAAGAAAUCAAGGCCAAGUCCAAGGAGCUGCAGAAUGGCGCGGCUAAGGGCGCCAAGGCAGUGGAGAAGGCUCGCGGUGUAACGCAGAAGCACAUCGAGCUUCUCGCCCAGCACACGGCUACGCUUGAUGCGGCGUCCCACAACAAGCUUGAAACCUCCCAUGACCCGUACGUGCUGCGUCGGGGUGUCGUUCACCGUCUGAACAAGCAGGUCAUCGAGGAGAACAACAACCGCCAGGACCUCAUCGUGGUGCAGAACAACUUCCAGCAGUUCGAAGCGCAUGUCCUGCAGACCGUGCAGGCUGCGAUGGAGCAGUUUGUCACCUACAUGGGCGGCCAGCUGGAUCGCCACCGCGCCAUGUACACGGACAUGCUGUCCGUGGGCCAAAGGGUCCCCCCCGAGUUUGAAUGGGUCAACUUCAUGACCAGAAACGACAGCGUUCUUGUCAACCCCGACGCACCGCCGCGGUCGCUGGCCAACAUCACCUUCCCCAACCAGGACCACCGCUACACUCAGCCUCUGAUCGAGGGUACCCUGGAGCGCAAGUCCCGUGCCAUGCUCAAGGGCUACAGUCCCGGCCACUACGUCGUCACCCAUGCCCGCUACCUGCACGAGUUCAAGGACACCGACGAUCUCCGCCGCGACCCGACCCCUGAGCUGUCCCUGUUCCUCCCCGACUGCAUCAUCGGGGCCAUGGACGGUUCCAAGUUCAGCGUCAAGGGCAAGGACGUCUCCGGCGGCAAGGUCGGCAAUGCCUUCCACACUAACACCGAGCUGAACUUCAAGGCCGCCAACUCCAACGAGGCCGAGAAGUGGUGGACCGUCAUCAAGGAUGCCACCCGCGCUCCCCAGCACACGUCUCCCGUCGCGUCGUCGCCCAUCUCCCCCGUCGCCGCCGAAGCGAACCAGCCGCCCGCCUACGCCGAAAAGGAGAGCGCCGCCGCCGCAGGCGCUGCCCAGGAAGCCCCAUCGCCGGUCUCCCCUCCCGCUGUUAGCCGUACCAACACCAGCGGCACGGCGGCCUCCCUCCCGUCUGUUUCCGGUAGCGCUGCAGCAACCUCCCCGACGGUUGAAAAGACCGCCGAGAAGGCA